UCUCUCUCUCAUCAUUUUCUUGAGGAAAGCAAGAAAAUGCGUGUUGCCCUCUCUCUCUCUUCCUCUCUCUCCUUUGAAAGAUGACCAAAGUGGGGGUGAUACUUUAAAAAUAUUUUCUGCUUCUCAACACUUCUAGAACUAUACCCAAACACCCAUCAUCAUCAUGACCAAGAAGAAGCCUCCUUCUCUAUAAGUUUCCAAAGAGCCCCCAUCUCAAGAAAAAAAAGAAUUCUCUUCUCUUCUCUUCCCCUUUUCUCUCCUCUUUUUUCCCAUCUUUGUCUUUCCAUUGAUGAGGGGAGUUAUGUUCAGCCAUGGAAGCAGCUGAUACACGAAGGAAGAGAGCUUGCCACAGCCUGGUCCACAUCUCUGGGUUCUACUGCUGGGGCUGGGAGUUCCUCACCGCUCUCCUUCUCUUUAGUUGCUCCAUCUGAUCACCACCAAACCCUUCAAUCUCCUCUCUCUCUCUCUCUCUCUCUCUCUCUCUCUCUCUCUCUCUCUCUCUCUGUUUUAUUCCCUCCUGAAACUGCAAUUCUUGCUGCCGGGGAGGGGCAAAUCGGGAACAGACGAUAAGGGGAUGGCACAGCGCUCGGCUCCGGCGCCCUUCCUGACGAAGACGUACCAGUUGGUGGACGAUCCGGCCACCGACGACGUCAUCUCGUGGGGGGAGAGCGGCCGGACGUUCGUGGUGUGGAAGACGGCGGAGUUCGCCAAGGACCUGCUCCCCAGCUCUUUCAAGCACAACAACUUCUCCAGCUUCGUCCGCCAGCUCAACACCUACGGCUUCAGAAAGAUCGUGCCGGACAAAUGGGAGUUCGCCAACGACCGCUUCCAGCGGGGCCAGAAAGAACUCCUCUCCGAGAUCCGCCGCCGCAAGUCGGCGGACGCCCCGAACCCCCCGGCCUCCGGCGCCGCGAAAUCGGCUGCCGGCGCCGCGGGGGGGCAGGCCUCGCCGGAGAGCUCGGGCGAGGACAUGGGGUCCACGUCCACGUCGUCCCCGGCGGACUCGAAGAACGCGGGCUCGGUGGAGACGGCGGCCGUCGCGGCCGCGGCCGCGGCGACGGCGACGGCGACGGCGGCCCAGUUCGCGGACCUGACGGGCGAGAACGAGAAGCUGAGGAGGGACAACGAGGCCCUGAACUCGGAGCUGGCGCAGGCGAAGAAGCACUGCGACGAGCUGGUGGCGUUCCUGACGGAGUGCCUGAAGGUGGCCCCCGACCAGAUCGACCGCAUCGUGCGGCGAGGGUGCCGGGGGGCGGCGGCGUUUGCGGCCGCCGGGGACGGCGCCGACGGCGUCGACCGCGACGAUGACGACGACGACGAAAAAGCUGCGGCGGAAGUCGACGGUGAGAAGAGCACGAAGCUGUUCGGGGUGUGGCUGAACGGGAAGGGGAAGGAGGCGAGGAAGAGGGCCCGCGAGGACAAAGUGGGGCCCGUGGGGAUGGAGUUCCGUCAGCCCUUGAUGAAGACCAGCAAGGUCUGCAACUGAUCGUGCGGUCGGAAAAGCGAUGCGGGGCCGGGGUGCACUGCAAGCUCGAUGCACCUCGGGCGCACCGGAAUGCGAAGUUUUAGGGACUUGAUUUGAUCGGUCGGUCGUUGGUUUAGUAAUGGAGAAAGAGACUCACCAACCUUCAAGGUUUCAAUUUCUCGUGUACUUUUUAAAACUUUUAUUUUUUGUACUUCAGAAUUUAUUUUUUAUUUUUGGGUUUGGUAAUAGGGACUCUGAUGGAAUAGAUAGAUAGGGUUCCUAAGUCAGUUGUAAAUUUGUUGGUGGUGGAGCAAGUGGGGAUCGAGAAAAUGAAGAAGGGUCUCCACACUCCUAGUCAAUCAAUGCUAUUGGAACUUGCUUCAACUAGCUUUUCAAAUAUCAUGUCACCACCGCGGUAGCUUUGCCUAGUGAUGUAAUAUUUAAUAUUGAAUUGUUAUGAUCAUAGAUUUUAAUUCU